ACAUGAGGUCAUGGUCCCUGAUGAGCAGCCAAACAGUAGAGAAGAUAGAGCCAGAGAGUAAAACAGCAGGGGGAUUCAGGGAGAGGAGAAGAGACCAGAUCCAAAAUGUGAGCAGCACACACAGAUUUGGACAAAUUACAAAGUUGGACUAUCAGUUUGAGACCCUAGUGGAUGGCAAGAGAGGCUUCCUUACUGUCAGGAAAUACUGCGGGAAUCUUUUGCUGAACCUCUAAAACCGUCCCAUAAUGACGGAAAUUGUGGAGGAAUAUGAGGAAUUUGAGGAGGAGGAGGAGGAGGAGGAGGAGGAGGAGAUUAUUACGACGACGACUGUCUCUGAGCAAAAGACUCAGGUCUUUCAGUCUGGCUUGCCUACCAGGAAAGUUAGGAAGAAGGUCAAGGUGGAUACCUCCAAGUUCAUGACUCCAUACCUGGCCCACAGCCAGAAGAUGCUGGAGCAGUUCAGCCAUAACAAGUACCGGCAAGCUUAUGACAGGUCCAGAGGGAAUGCUCCUGCCAUCGUCACUGAUAGCCCUGAAAUGAUUCGGAUCAGGAAGGCCCAGGAGCAGCUGAGCGAGGUUAAAUACCGCAUGGAAGGAAACAAGGCUCGGACGACAAGCUUGUAUGAUGGUGAGGCCAAAGAGGUCAUCCACGUCAAGCGUGUAUCUGAACUGAUCAGCAAGGUUCUGUACAGACAGAAGUGGGACGAGACUAAGGACAGGUACCUGCUGCCUCCCGAUGCUCCUGAGCUGGUCCUGGCUGUGAAGAAUGCUGCUAACUACAGCAAAAAACUUUACACUGAGGCCUGGGAUGAAGAGAAGACCCUGUUCUACCCUUACAGCGACAGCCCUGAGCUGCGCAGGGUGGCCAAGGCACAGGAGGUCCUCAGUGAUGUUCGCUACAAGAAGGGUCAUGAUCAGCGCAAGGCCAAGUACACUUCUUUGGCUGAUCCUCCUGAAAUGGAGCUGGCCAAGAGAGUGGCCCAUCAGCGCAGUGAUCUGAAGUACAAGGAAGAUUACAAUAAAAAUGUGAAGGGUCAAUGGUGUGAGACGCCAUACUUCGACGUGGCCAUUGGCAGGAUGGCGAUGGACAACCUCAGCAAUAGAAAAUACACGCAACAGUAUGAGGAUAUGAAAGACCAAAUUUAUUUCAUGCAAACAGACACGCCUGUUUAUGGCACAAACAAGAAAGCUCGUACUGCUAUUAGUGAGGUCCAAUACAAGAAGGAAUAUGAGAAGAAUAAAGCGCAGGCUGACUACAACACGCUCCCCGCCACAGAGAAUCCUCUCCUCAGACAGCUCAGAUAUGCUGGCACAAUCCUCAGUGAUAAAGUAUAUAAGUCCAGCUAUGAAAAAUCCAGGGGUUCCAGCAUCAACUACUGUGACACACCCAAGUUUCAGAUGGACUCAGUACUUAAACAGUUCAGUGAUGCACGUUACAAAGAUAAGUAUGAAAACGAGGUGAAGGGCCACUACAUUGGCAGCUAUGAAGAUCUCUACAUGCUUCACUGCCAGAAAGUUGAGGAAAUGAAGAAGGAGCAAUUAUAUAAAGCUGAUUACGAAGACAUUAAAACAAGGUGCUUCUUCCCUCAAACAAUUACGCCUGAAUAUGAAGCUGUGAAGAAGCUUCAGCAGUGUAAAGAUAAAGCAUACCGGCAACAUCCAGACACAGUGAAAUUUACACAAGUGGUGGAUUCGCCAGUUCAGGUUCAAGCCGCCAUCAACGCCAAGCAGCUAAGUGACUUGAACUACAAAGCAAAGUACGAGGAAACAAAGUUCAAGAACAGUCUGCCCCCAGACUAUCCCUUCUUCAUCCAGUCCAGAGUAAACGCUUUUAACCUCAGUGAUAACUGUUACAAGUAUGAUUGGGAGAAAACUAAAGCGAAAAAGUUUGAGGUCAGAGGCGAUGCUAUCUCGAUCCUUGCUGCCCGUGCUCACACAAACAUUGCCAGUGAUGUUAAAUAUAAGAAAGAGUAUGAGAAGAAUAAAGGGCAGAUGGUUGGAGCUCUCAGCAUUAAUGACGAUCCAAAGAUCUUGCACUCUGUUCAUGUGGCCAAAAUACAGAGUAAUCGGGAAUAUAAAAAGAACUAUGAAAAGAUUAAGACCAAGUACCAUACACCACUGGAUAUGAUGUCAGUCACCUUGGCCAAGAAAUCCCAGGGGAUUGCCAGCAUGGCUGGGUAUAGGAGCGUCAGCACUAACUUCUUCCUUCCCCAUGACAGUGUGCUGUUGGACUUGGCCAAGAAAGCCAACAUCAUCCAGAGUGAUAAUGAGUACAAGUCCGACUACAACAACUAUACCAAGGGUUCCCCAUGGGUCCCCUUUGGCUCCUUGGAUGUGGAAAAGUGUAAGAAAGCUGGUGAGAUCCUCAGUGAGAAAAAAUACAGACAACACCCAGACAAGAUCCCCUUCACAUCGAUUGACGACCACCCCUACACACUGCAGGCCAAAGUCAACCAGCUUCAGAGGAGUGAUCUGUUCUACAAGAGAGGUCUGGAGGAGAUCCAUCAGAAGUACUCUCUGCCUCCUGAUGUGCCUGAGUUGCUCCAGGCCAAGUGCAAUGCAUACAACAUCAGCAAGAACUACUACAAACUUGCCUGGCAGGAGACAAUUGCUAAAGGUUAUGACCUGAAGCCUGAUGCUAUUCCUAUUAUUGCUGCCAAAGCUGCAAGACAUGCUGUCAGUGAUGUUCAGUAUAAAAAGGCUUAUGAGAAAGCUAGAGGCCACCAUGUUGGCUUCCGCAGCCUCCAGGACGAUCCUCUGCUGGUUCACUACAUGGAGGUAGCUAAGUUGCAGAGUGACAAGAACUACAAGAAGGACUACCACAAGGCCAAGCUGAAGUAUCACACCCCAGUAGACAUGAUGAGUCUGGCUCACGCCAAGCAUGCCUCAUCAGUGCAGACCUUUGCUGGCUACAAGCAGCACCACCAUAAUUACUUUCUUUUGCCUGACUCGAUGAGUCUGGGCCUGGCUCGCACCAUGAGCUUCAAUGCCAGUGAUGUUAACUAUAAACUGGAUUAUGAGUCCUCGGUCAAGGGAACUGGCUGGAUUCCCAUUGGUUCAUUGGAGGUGGAAAAAGCCAAGGCAGCAGCAGCAGCUCUGGAUGAGAAAAAAUACCGCCAGCACCCUGACACCAUCAAAUUCACCAGUGUCACUGACUCCAUGAACAUGGAGCUGGCCAAGGCCAAUGCCAAGAUCCUGAAUGUGAAAGAGUAUAAGGCCAGUGGAGAGAAGUUCAUGCACACUUACCAUCUCCCUGCUGAUGCCCCUGAACUGAUGCAAGCCAGAUACAAUGCUGUCAACAUCAGCCAGAAUUACUACACCUAUGCUCAUCGUAAAGAUCUGCUCAAAGGACAUCAUUUGAAGGAAGAUUCCAUUCCCAUUGUUGCAGCAAAAUCUUCCAGAGACAUUGCCAGUAAUUACAAGUAUAAACUGGCUUAUGAGAAGGCAAAGGGCCACCAUGUCGGCCAUCGCAGCCUCCAGGACGAUCCUCUGCUGGUUCACUACAUGCAGGUGGCUAAGAUGCAGAGCGAAAAGAACUACAAGAAGGACUACCACAAGGCCAAGCUGAAGUAUCACAGCCCAGUAGACAUGAUGAGCGUGGUCCACGCCAAGCAUGCCUCUGGUGUUCAGACCAUGGCUGGAUACAGGAAGAUCCCUCACAACUACUUUCUUCUGCCUGACAACAUGCACCUGCAGCGGUGUCGCAGCAUGAUGGAGAUUCAGAGUGAUAAUGUCUACAAGUCAGAUUACAGCAACUACUCUAAAGGCUUAGGGUGGGUCCCUAUUGGUUCUCUGGAUGUUGAGAAAGCCAAAACUGCUAGAGGCGCGCUGGCUGAAAUAGGCUACCGCCAGCAUCCCAGCACUCUCAAAUUCACAAGCAAGACUGAUGGCAUGAACAUGGCUCUGGCUCUGGCCAACACAAAGCAGCUGGACAACACUUCAUACAAAGCUUCUGGUGAGAAGUUCAUGCACACCUAUCAUCUGCCAGCUGACAGCCCUGAGUUCCUUCAAGCUAAAUUCAACGCACAGACCCUUAGCGAGAGUCACUACAAGCACAAGUGGCUAGAAGAUAUUGCCAAGGGAUACGACAUGAAGCCUGAUGCUAUUCCUAUUCUGCAUGCCAAGCAAGGCAGACACAUUGUCAGCAAUGUCCAAUACAAGAAAGCCUAUGAGAAAGCCAGAGGCCACCAUGUUGGCUUCCGCAGCCUCCAGGACGAUCCUCUGCUGGUUCACUACAUGGAGGUGGCUAAGAUGCAGAGUGAAAAGAACUACAAGAAGGACUACCACAAGGCCAAGCUGAAGUAUCACACACCAGUGGACAUGAUGAGUGUGGUCCAUGCCAAGCAGGCUUCUGCUGUUCAGACUUAUGCUGGUUACAGAAAGAUCCCUCACAACUACUUUCUUCUGCCUGAUAACUUAAACUUGCAGCGGUGUCGCAACAUGAAUGUCCAGUCAAGUGAAUGUGAUUACAAGUCUGAAUGGAACAACUGUAUCAGAGGUACUGGAUGGGUCCCAAUUGGCUCACUUGCAGUUGAGACCGCUAAAGUUGGUGGUGAGAUUCAGAGUGACAAGAAGUACCGCAGUCAUCCAUCCAAAUUUAAGUUCAGCAAGUUGAUGGACUCCAUGGACUUGGCUCUGGCUACUGCCAACAAUCAGAUCAUGAACAAGAAAGCAUACACUGCGGCUUGGGAGAAGGACAAACUGAUGGUCCAUGUCAUGCCAGAUGCUCCUGAAAUUGUCCUGGCCAAGGCUAAUGCCAUCACCAUGAGCAAUAAACUUUACAAAGCCGGUGUUGUGCAGAUGGCCAAUAAGGGCUACAACCUCAAAGCAGACGCCAUCCCAAUUGUUGCUGCCAAGUCUGGUACCACUAUCGCCAGUAAUUACAAGUACAAGUUGGCAUAUGAGAAAGCCAGAGGCCACCAUGUUGGCUUCCGCAGCCUCCAGGACGAUCCUCUGCUGGUUCACUAUAUGGAGGUGGCUAAGUUGCAGAGUGACAAGAACUACAAGAAGGACUACCACAAGGCCAAGCUGAAGUAUCACACACCAGUAGACAUGAUGAGCGUGGUCCAUGCCAAGCAUGCCUCUGCUGUUCAGACUUAUGCUGGUUACAGAAAGAUCCAGCACAAUUACUUUCUUCUCCCUGAUGCCAUGAACCUAGUGCUGGCUCGCACCAUGAACACCCAGUGUAGUGAUUGUGAUUACAAGUCUGAAUGGAACAACUAUAUCAGGGGUACUGGAUGGGUCCCAAUUGGCUCACUUGCAGUUGAGACCGCUAAAGUUGGUGGUGAGAUUCAGAGUGACAAGAAGUACCGCACUCAUCCAUCCAACUUUAAGUUCAGCAAGUUGAUGGACUCCAUGGACUUGGCUCUGGCUACUGCCAACAAUCAGAUCAUGAACAAGAAAGCAUACACUGCGGCUUGGGAGAAGGACAAACUGACAGUCCAUGUCAUGCCUGAUGCUCCUGAAAUUGUCCUGGCCAAGGCUAAUGCCCUCAACAUGAGCAAUAAACUUUACAAAGCCGGUGUUGUGCAGAUGGCCAAUAAGGGCUACCACCUCAAAGCAGACGCCAUCCCAAUUUUGGCUGCCAAGUCUGGUACCACUAUUGCCAGUAAUUACAAGUACAAGUUGGCAUAUGAGAAAGCCAGAGGCCACCAUGUUGGCUUCCGCAGCCUCCAGGACGAUCCUCUGCUGGUUCACUACAUGGAGGUGGCUAAGUUGCAGAGUGACAAGAACUACAAGAAGGACUACCACAAGGCCAAGCUGAAGUAUCACACCCCAGUAGACAUGAUGAGUGUGGUCCAUGCCAAGCAUGCCUCUGCUGUUCAGACUUAUGCUGGUUACAAGCAGAUUAACUCCAACUACACUGUGCUACCUGAUGCCAUGAACCUGCAACUAGCCCGUAACAUGCAGUUCAUUGCCAGUGAUAACCAGUACAAGAGUGAGUAUGAAAGCUUCACGAAAGGAAUAGGAUGGGUUCCUAUUGGAUCAUUGGAUGUUGAGAAAGCAAAAACAGCCGGACAGAUCCUGAGUGAGAGCCGAUACCGUCAACAUCCUAGCAACUUCAAAUUCACUAAGGACAUGCAUUCUAUGGAUCUGACACUGGCCACUGCCAACAACCAGAUAAUGGAUAAGCAAUCCUACAGCAAAGCCUGGGAGAAAGACAAGACUUCAAUCCACAUCAUGCCUGAUGCAAUGGACAUUGUUCUUGCCAGAGAGAACAAGAGGCACUACAGUGAGAAACUGUACAAACUGGACAAUGAACUGUCUAAGAAGAAAGGCUAUAAUCUUCGCGCUGAUGCCAUUGCAGUCCAGGCUGCCAAAGCCUCCGUUGCUAUUGCUAGUGAUUACAAGUACAAGGCAGGAUACCGUAAGCAGGUCGGCCACCACAUCGGUGCUCGCAGCGUCCAGGACGACCCUCUGCUCAUGCUGGCUCUGAACUCAGCCAAGAUUGCCAGUGAUGCUCUUUACAAGAAGGACUUCAACAAGUCCAAGACAAAGUUUAAUCUUCCAGUGGACAUGAUGGCGUUUGAACUGGCAAAGAAGAACCAGAUUCAGGUCAACCACGCCAACUACAUCACCCGCCUCCACAACUGGACUUGUCUGCCAGACUCCAGUGAUGUUGUCCAGGCCAGACAUGCAUAUAACAUACAGAGUGAUGCUGUUUACAAGGAAGAUCAGAGGAUGAUGCAGGGUAUUGGAUGGGUGCCUAUAGGUUCACUGGAUGUUGAGAAGGCAAAGAAAGCCGGUGAGAUCCUGAGUGAGAUGAAGUAUCGUCAGCACCCAAGCAACUACAAAUUCAAAAGCACCACUGAAGACAUGCCGAUGGCUUUGGCCAAGGCCAAUGCCCAGAUAGUGAACAAGAAAGCUUACACUCAAGCUUGGGAGAAAGACAAGACUACCAUUCAUAUCAUGCCUGAUGCCAUGGAUAUUCUCUUGGCCAAAGCAAACAAAGUCAACUACAGUGAGAAACUGUACAAGCAGGCAAAUGAAGAGGCCAAGAAGAAGGGAUACGAUAUGCGAAAUGAUGCCAUUUCCAUUAUUGCAGCGAGGGCUUCCAGGGACAUUGCCAGUGAUUAUAAGUACAAGACAGGAUACCGUAAGCAGGUCGGCCACCACAUUGGUGCUCGCAGCAUCCAGGAUGAUCCUUUGCUCAUGCUGGCCCUGAACUCAGCCAAGAUUGCCAGUGAUGCUCUUUACAAGAAGGACUUUAACAAGUCCAAGACCAAAUUCAACCUGCCAGUGGACAUGAUGUCCUUUGAACUGGCCAAGAAGAACCAGAUUCAGGUCAACCACGCCAACUACAUCACCCGCCUCCACAACUGGACUUGUCUGCCAGACUCCAGUGAUGUCGUACAGGCCAGACAUGCAUAUGACAUACAGAGUGAUGCUGUUUACAAGGAAGAUCAGAGGAUGAUGCAGGGUAUUGGAUGGGUGCCUAUAGGUUCACUGGAUGUUGAGAAGGCAAAGAAAGCCGGUGAGAUCCUGAGUGAGAUGAAGUAUCGUCAGCACCCAAGCAACUACAAAUUCAAAAGCACCACUGAAGACAUGCCGAUGGCUUUGGCCAAGGCCAAUGCUCAGAUUAUGAACAAGAAUGCCUACGUUGAAGCUUGGCAGAAUGAAAAGACGAAGAUCCACAUCAUGCCUGAUGCUAUGGAUGUUCUUCUAGCCAAAGCAAACAAUGUCAAUUUCAGCUUGAAAAAGUACAAACAGGCAAAUGAAGAUGCCAAGAAGAAGGGCUACGAUAUGCGCAAUGAUGCCAUUUCCAUCAUCGCAGCCAGGGCCUCCAGAGACAUUGCCAGUGAUUACAAGUACAAGACAGGAUACCGUAAGCAGGUCGGCCACCAUAUCGGUGCUCGCUGCGUCCAGGACGACCCUCUGCUCAUGCUGGCUCUGAACUCAGCCAGGAUUGCCAGUGAUGCUCUUUACAAGAAGGACUUCAACAAGUCCAAGACAAAGUUUAAUCUUCCAGUGGAUAUGAUGGCGUUUGAACUGGCAAAGAAGAACCAGAUUCAGGUCAACCACGCCAACUACAUCACCCGCCUCCACAACUGGACUUGUCUGCCAGACUCCAGUGAUGUCGUACAGGCCAGACAUGCAUAUGACAUACAGAGUGAUGCUGUUUACAAGGAAGAUCAGAGGAUGAUGCAGGGUAUUGGAUGGGUGCCUAUAGGUUCACUGGAUGUUGAGAAGGCAAAGAAAGCCGGUGAGAUCCUGAGUGAGAUGAAGUAUCGUCAGCACCCAAGCAACUACAAAUUCAAAAGCACCACUGAAGACAUGCCGAUGGCUUUGGCCAAGGCCAAUGCUCAGAUUAUGAACAAGAAAGCAUACAUGGAUGCCUGGGAGAAGGAGAAGAUGAAGAUCCACAUCAUGCCUGACUCUAUGGAUGUUCUUCUAGCCAAAGCAAACAAUGUCAACUACAGUUUGAAAAAGUACAAGCAGGCAAAUGAAGAUGCCAAGAAGAAGGGCUACGAUAUGCGCAAUGAUGCCAUUUCCAUUAUCGCAGCCAGGGCCUCCAGAGACAUUGCCAGUGAUUACAAGUACAAGACAGGAUACCGUAAGCAGGUUGGUCACCACAUCGGUGCUCGCUGCGUCCAGGACGACCCUUUGCUCAUGCUGGCUCUGAACUCAGCCAAGAUUGCCAGUGAUGCUCUUUACAAGAAGGACUUCAACAAGUCCAAGACAAAGUUUAAUCUUCCAGUGGACAUGAUGGCGUUUGAACUGGCCAAGAAGAACCAGAUUCAGGUCAACCACGCCAACUACAUCACCCGCCUCCACAACUGGACUUGUCUGCCAGACUCCAGUGAUGUUGUCCAGGCCAGACAUGCAUAUGACCUACAGAGUGAUGCUGUCUACAAAGCUGACCUGAAGUGGCUCCAGGGCUUGGGCUGGGUCCCCAUUGGCUCACUUGAUGUGGAGAAAGCCAAGAAGGCUGGAGAAGUCUUGAGUGAAAGGAAGUACCGCCAGCACCCCAGCACUGUUCCCUUCACCAGCACAACAGAUGCCAUGAAUAUUGUACUGGCAAAGAAUAAUGCUUUGACCAUGAACAAGCGUCUCUACACCGAAGCAUGGGAGAAGGACAAGACCAAACUGCACAUCAACCCUGACACUCCUGAGAUCAUCCUCUCUCAGCAGAAUGCUAUCAACAUGAGCAGGAAACAAUACAGACAAGGUUUUGAGGCCACCAUCCAGAAAGGCUAUUUCCUCCCUGGGGAUGCAAUCUCUGUCAAGUCUGCUAAGGCCUCCAGGGACAUCAUCAGUGAUUAUAAGUACAAGACGGGAUACCGCAAGCAGGUCGGCCACCACAUCGGUGCUCGCUGCGUGCAAGACGACCCUCUGAUCAUGCUGGCUCUGAACUCAGCAAAGAUUGCCAGUGAUGCCCUGUACAAGAAGGACUUCAACAAGUCCAAGACCAAGUUCAACCUGCCAGUGGACAUGCUGAAUCUCGAGCUGGCAAAGAAAUGCCAGAUUCAAGUCAACCAUGCCAACUAUAUCACCCGCCUGCACCAGUGGACAUGUCUGCCAGACUCCAAUGACGUUGUCCAGGCCAGAAAAGCCUAUAAUCUUCAGAGUGAUGCUGUGUACAAAGCUGACAUGGAUGAGGUCAUAGGGAUAGGAUGGGUCCCCAUUGGUUCACUUGAUGUGUUGAAGGCCAAGAAUGCUUCAAAUAUUCUCAGUGACCGUCUCUACAGGCAGAAACCAGACAAACUGAAAUAUAAAUCUGACAUGACUUCCAUUCCCAUGGUCUUAGCCAAAGCAAAUGCUGAAAUCAUCAACAAGAGAAACUACAUUGCUGCUUGGGAGGCUGACAAGGUUAAGAAUCAUGUGUCCCCUGACCUACCUGAGCUUUUGCUUUCUAAAGCUAAUGCUUACAACAUCAGUAAGAAACUAUACAGGGAAGAUGUUGAGAAGAUCUUCAGAAAGGGCUACAACCUUAAGCCUGAUGCUGUGUCUAUUGUUGCUGCCAAACGUGGAAGAGAGAUCAUCAGUGAUUACAAAUACAAGACUGGGUACCGUAAGCAGGUUGGUCACCACAUUGGAGCCCUUAGCGUCCAUGACGACCCUCUGAUCGUGCUGGCACUGAACUCCGCCAAGAUUGCCAGUGAUGCCCUGUACAAGAAAGACUUCAACAAGUCCAAGACCAAGUUCAAUCUGCCAGUCGACAUGCUGAAUCUUGAACUGGCCAAGAAAUGCCAGAUCCAAGUCAACGAUUUCAACUACAGAACUCAUCUGCACAACUGGACCUGCCUACCUGACUCCAAUGAUGUGGUCCAGGCCAGAAAAGUCUAUGACCUGCAGAGUGAUGCUGUGUACAAGGCUGACAUGGAAUGGAUCAGGGGAACAGGUUGGGUGCCAAUUGGUUCACUUGAUGUGGAGAAAGCCAAGAAAGCGGGAGAGAUCCUGAGCGACAGGAAGUACCGUCAGCAUCCCAGCAACUUCAAAUUUACUGCCAAGACAAGUGACAUGCCAUAUGCCCUUGCUAUGGCCAACGCCCAGAUCAUGGACAAGAAAGCAUAUAUUUCUGCCUGGGAGAAGGAUAAGACCAACCUUCACAUCAUGCCUGAUACACCAGAAAUCAUCCUGGCCAAGCAGAAUAAAUUAAACAACAGUCUGAAAUAUUAUCGUGAAGGCUAUAUGGACACCAUAAACAAAGGGUACUAUCUUCCCAAAGAUGCAAUUUCUGUUUUAUCAGCUAAGGCUUCCCGAGACAUCGUCAGUGAUUACAAAUACAAGGCUGGUUUCCGCAAGCAGUGUGGCCAUCACAUUGGUGCCCUUAGUGUUAAAGAUGACCCACUGAUUAUGUUGGCGGCUCAUGCAGCCAAGAUCUCCAGUGACAACAUCUAUAAGAAGGACUUCAACAAGACCAAGACAAAGUUCAAUCUGCCUGUAGACAUGCUGACAAUUGAACUUGCCAAGAAAUGCCAGCAGCAAGUGAAUGACUUUAACUACAGAACUCACUUACACCAGUGGACCUGCCUGCCAGACUCAAGUGAUGUGGUUCAGGCUAGAAAAGUGUACGACUUACAGAGCGAUGCCGUAUACAAAGCUGAUAUGGAGUGGCUGAGAGGAUGUGGCUGGUCACCACAGGACUCUGUGGACGUCAUCAAAGCUAGAAAUGCCCAGACUAUUCUCAAUGACAGGCUCUACCGCCAGCACCCAAGCACUGUGAAGUUCACCAGCGUUGUUGACCUCCCGGCUAUCGUCUUGUCCAAGCAAAACGCUGACAUCAUCAGUGAUAGGAAAUAUAGGGAAGUCUGGGAUAAAGACAAGCUCACCAUUCACAUGCCACCUAACGCCCCCACCUUUGAACUGUCCAAGGCCAAUGCUAUCAGCAUCAGCAAUAAACUGUACACAAAGGCAUGGGAUGACCAGAAGGCCAAAGGCUACCAUAUCAAGGAGGAUGCUAUCUCUGUGCUAAAGGCUAGAGCUUCCAGAGAUAUCAUCAGUGACUAUAAGUACAAGACGGGAUACCGCAAGCAGGUCGGCCACCACAUCGGUGCUCGCUGCGUGCAAGACGACCCUCUGAUCAUGCUGGCUAUGAACUCAGCAAAGAUUGCCAGUGAUGCCCUGUACAAGAAGGACUUCAACAAGUCCAAGACCAAGUUCAACCUGCCAGUGGACAUGCUGAGUCUUGAGUUGGCCAAGAAAUGCCAGAUUCAAGUCAACCAUGCCAACUAUAUCACACGCCUGCACCAGUGGACUUGUCUGCCAGACUCCACUGAUGUGGUCCAAGCCAGAAAGGCCUACGACCUGCAGAGUGAUGCUGUGUACAAAGCUGAUAUGGAGUGGAUACGUGGAUGUGGAUGGAUACCACAUGAAAGUGUUGAUGUUAUUAAGGUGAAGAAUGCACAGAAGGCCCUGGCUGAGAGAGGCUACCGUGUCAAGUUGGAUGAGCAGAAAUUCACAGUUCCAGCUGACAGAGUCGACCUGGUCUGUGCCAAGAAUGCUGCUGAGGUCCUCAAUGAGGCCAAAUAUCGUGAGGCCUGGCACCAGGACAAAACCAAGUUCUCACUGGUGGACACUCCAGGUCUUGCCACAGCCAGAGAGGUGGCUAAGAACGUUCACCCGAAACUGUACACCAAAGAUUGGGAUAAGGUCAAAGCCACGGGCUACUUCAUGCCUGGAGAUGCUGUACCAAUCAAGCAGUGCAUCCAGACGUCGAAAGUGCAGAGUCAACACAAGUACCUUGAAGGAUACCGUAAGCAGGUGGGCCACCACAUCGGAGCCCUCAGUGUCAAUGACGACCCUCUGAUGAUGCUGGCUCUGAACUCAGCCAAGAUUGCCAGUGAUGCCCUGUACAAGAAAGACUUCAACAAGUCCAAGACCAAAUUCAACCUGCCAGUGGAUAUGUUGCAGUUUGAACUGGCCAAGAAAUGCCAGAUCCAAGUCAACGAUGACAACUACAGAACCCGCCUGCACCAGUGGACAUGUAUGCCAGACUCUAACGAUGUCAUCCAGGCCCGCAAAGCCUAUGAACUUCAAAGCGAUUUUGUGUAUAAGGCUGAUAUGGAAUGGAUUCGUGGCUGCGGCUGGAUGGCAGCUGAGUCUGUUGACCACGUCAAGGUCAAAAAGGCCCAAGAGAUUCUCAACGAAAGGCUCUACAAGAAGAAUGCCAAGGAAUGCUUUGGAAAAUUCACCCUGAUUGUGGACCGCCCUGAAAUUGUCCUGGCGAAGAUAAAUGCUGCCAACCUCAGUGAUUUGAAGUACAAAGAGACCUUCAAUGCAGAAAAGGGUCAUUACAUUGGAUCAGAUGACACUCCUCAACUGGCCCACAGCAGGGAGGUGUCUAAGAACAUCAGUGAGAAACUCUACAAACAACAAUGGGAUGGGUCGAAGGCUACAGGCUACCAGCUGAACCAUGAAUAUAUCCCACUUCUCUCUGGCAAGAAGGGCAGGGAGAUCGCUAGUGAUGUCAAGUACAAGGAUGCCCAUGAGAAGGCCAAGGGUCACUACAUGGCUGGGACUCUAGUGGACUUCCCUGAGGUGAUGCGUUGUGGAGAGCAGGAGAAGAACAAGGCACUGAGGGUCUACCAGAAGGACUACCAUCUUACCAAGACCAAGACCCACAUCCCAUCUGACAUAAUCGCUAACCAGGUAGCUAAGCGGUGCCAGGACAUGCUGAGCGAUGUCCUCUACCGUACCUACCUGCACCAGUGGACUUGCCAUCCUGACCAGGAGGAUGCCAUUCGUGCCCGCAAGACCAACGAGAUUCUGAGUGAUGUGUUCUACAAGGAUGACCUGAACUGGAUGAAGGGAAUUGGUUGCUAUGUCUGGGACACACCAGAGAUCGUUCGUGCCAAGAAGUCCUACGAGCUGCAGAGUGAUCUUAAAUACAGAGAUGAAGCCAAGAAAGAAUUCAACAAUUACUCCAUUGUGACAGACACCCCAGUUUAUGUGACUGCUGUCCUGGGUCACACCUGGGCCAGUGAUCUGAACUACAGGGAGGCUUAUCAUAAGGAGAAGCACCUGUAUACUACCGUUCUGGAUACCUACGACUAUGCCAGAUGCCACAACUUCAAGCACUUCUUCAGCAACAAAAACUACUCUGCUGCCUGGGACAAAAUCAAAGCCAAGAGCUACCAGAUUCCACAUGACUCACACGCCCUGAAACACGCCAAACAACAAAAGAUCAUUCUCAGCAGCGUGAAGUACAAGGAGGACUAUGAGAAGUUCAAAUCCCUCUACAGUCUGCCCAAGUCUCUUGAGGAUGAUCCUGCCACUGCUCGCUGUGUGAAAGCUGGAAAGCUGGUCCUAGAUCGUCUGUACAAGGCAGACUAUGAGAAGACCAAGGCCAAGAACCACAUCCCACCAGACAUGCUGGAGAUCCUUUCUGCCCGCAACACCCAGUCAACCGUCAGUGGUAUCCACUAUCGCAAGUAUUUGCAUCAGUGGAUAUGCCUCCCUGACAUGCAGGUCUAUGUCCAAGCCCGCAAAGUCAACGAGCAGCUCAGCGACAUCUUCUACAAGGAUGACCUGAACUGGCUAAAGGGUAUCGGCUGCUAUGCCUGGGACACCCCAGAGAUCAUCCGUGUCAAGCAUGCUGGUGAUCUUCAGAGUGAGAACAAGUACAGAGCCAAAGGUGUUGAAGCUUUCAAGGAGUAUUCUGUGGUAACAGAUACUCCAGUGUAUGAGACAGCUAAGCAGAAUGCUCAGAACCUGAGCGAUCUGCACUACCGCUAUGAUUACAACGCCAAUAUCAAGGGCACCAACACUGCUCCUGCUGUUACCAUUGAGACAGAAAGGGCACGCCUGGCUAACUACAUCCAGAGUGAUAACUGGUACAAGGAGGCAAACAAGGCCUCCAUGCCCACUGGUUACUCCCUGCCCCAUGACACCCCACUCAUCAAGCAGGUUAAGAUGAACAGCGUUGUCACCAGCAAUGUGAAGUACAAGGAGGCCUACGAGAUGAUGAAGGCUAAGGCCUACACUCUUCAUCCAGAGGGUGUCAACUUUGUCAAUGCAAGGAAUGCAAACAAGAUGAUCAACAAUCGUCUAUAUCGGGAACUCUACCAUAAGCAAAAGGACAAGAUCCACACAACCUACGACACCCCUGAUAUCAGACAAGUCAAGAUGAACCAGGAACACCUCAGCGACUUGUGCUACAGAGAGAAGUACUACAACAGCAGAGGCCAGCUGAUCUCUAUGCCCAUGACGCCCCAGCUAUUGCACUGCUACCACGUCAAUCAGAUCACCAGCGAUCUUAAAUACAAAGAGGAUCUGAUGUGGCUGAGAGGCCUUGGCUGCUUCUUGUAUGACACUCCAGAGAUGGUCCACGUCCGCAACAUCACCAAAUUCAGGGUGAGCUAUCCAGUGGAUGCUAAGAAGAACCUUGCCAACUUCUCCGUGGUCCUGGACACACCAGAGUAUAAGCGUGUAACUGAACUUAAGAGCCACAUGAGCAACAUGAUCUACAAAGCCCAGAGCAAGCAGGAAAUGUCUAAGGUCACCACCACUUUGGACUCUGUGGACAUCCAGAGAGUCAAAUGGGCCCAGCAGCUGACUAACAAAUACAAGUACACCGAUUUGGCUGCUAGGGAGAGAGCUCAUUUCACUCCAGAAUUGAAUACUCCAAGCAUGGGCCAUGUUAGAAAAAUGAAAGUGGUCUGCAGUGAUAACAAAUACAAGGAGCAGUAUGAGAAGAUGAAGCACAGAUACACUGCCAUUGCUGAUACACCUCAUCUUAUCCGGGCCAAGAAAUCCUACCUCCAGUCCAGCGAUCUGCGUUACAAAGAGACAUUUGAGCUCGCCAAGGGCCACUACCACACAGUCAAGGACGCUCUGGACAUAAUCCACCACCGCAAAGUCACUGACGACAUCAGUGAGGUUAAAUACAGGGAGAAGUACAUUAACUCUCUGGGCACAUGGAAGUCCAUCCCCGACCGUCCUGAGUUCUUCUUCAGCAGAAUUGCUAAUGAGAACGUCAGCAGCGUCAAAUACAAGGAGGACAUGGAGUGGCUGAAGGGUAUUGGCUGCUUUGUGUGGGACACACCUGAGCUGGUUCGGGCUGAGAAGAACAAGACGCUGUAUAGUGAGAGACUGUACAAAGCCUCCUAUGAGAAGAACAGAGGCAACUUCAAAUAUACCUCUGACACUCCGUUCUUCCAGGCUGCCAAGAAUGCCUCUGUUCUCAUCAAUGACGCAAUGUAUAAAUCCAGAGCAAAGGAUCUGCUAAAGAGUGGCUGCACUGAGCUACUCCGCCCUGACAUCCUCACAGCCCUUUACCAGUCCACUAUGAGCAGUAAGUGGAAGUACAGGGAGCAGUAUGAACGUGCCAAGGACAAGUUCACCUCUAUUCUGGAGACUCCUGAGUAUGAGGCCCACAGACGCAGCAAGAAAAUCAGCGAUAUCAUCUACAGGAUGGAGUACAACAAGACCAAGGCCAAGGGAUACACCUUGCCUUAUGACACUCCAUACCAACAGCACAUGAAGAAGGUCAAGGACAUUACCAGCAAUCUAAAGUACAAAGAAGUGUAUGAGAAGAGCAAGGCCCAGAUUAACAUGGACCCUGAGGCUCAUGAGAUUCGUGCUGCCAAGGAGGCCUACAAGAACAUCAGCAAUCUUGACUACAAGAAGAAAUAUGAAGCCACCAAGAACAAGUGGAUCUGGACAACAGACAGACCCGACUUUGUCAAUGCUGCCAAGAACUCCUUGCAACAGAGUGAUAUUGAGUACAAGUAUGACAAAGAGAUGAUGAAGGGCUGUGUGAUACCUGUGGUUGAUGACAAGUUAACCCUCCUGGCUAUGAAAAAUGCGGAAAUGGCGAGCACUGUGAAGUACAAAGAGAAGUACGAAAAGGAAAAGGGCCACUAUUUGCCGGUCCAGGACACUCCUCAAAUCCUCCAUGCCAAGGCUGUGCGCACUCUGGCAUCAGAGAGCAAAUACAAGGAGGCCAGUAAGAAGGACAUGCAGUCUGGCUCAUUCACUACCCUGUCUGAGACUCGUGACACUGCUCACAGCAAGGAGAUGAACAAGCUUGUCAGCGGGAAAUUGUACAAAGCUAAGUUUGAGAAGGAAAAGGGCAAGUCAGUGUAUAACAACAUGAUUGUUCCACCUGAUGUUCAGCAUGCCAUGUCAGUGGCCAAGUGUCAGAGCAAUAUUUCCUACAAGAAGGAUGCCAAAGCCAACCUUCACUACACCAGUGUAGUCGACCGUCCUGACAUACAGAAGGCUACCCAGGCUGCCAGACUUAUCAGUGAGAUCGGCUACCGUGACAAGGCCCGUGAGGAGGCAAGCCGUGGAGGUUCUCUGGCCUACCGCCCAGACAUCACUCUGGCCACUGAGGUGUCCAAGCUGACCAGCCAGGUGGAGGCCAAGCCCUCCCUCCAUGGAGCAGCUUCCUAUGAUACCCUCCAGAUGCGCCACAUUAAGAAAAUGAGUGCUGUGACUAGUGAUCUGAAGUACAAGGAGAAGUUUGACAAGGAGAUGAAAGGAAAGAAACCACAAUAUGACCUGAAGGAGAGUAAGAUUUACCAGACUUUGAAGGAUGCCAGUGUGCUGGCUAGUGAGGUUAAGUACAAGGGUGACCUGAAGAAGAUCCACAAGCCUGUGACUGACAUGGCUGAGUCUUUGUCCAUGCAGCACAACCUGAGCACCAGCAAACUGUCUAGCACCUACCGCUACAAGAAGAAAUUUGAGGAGAGUAAGGGUCACUACCAUAUGAUUCCUGACACACCAGAGCAGCUCCAUCACAAGGAGGCCUCUGAACUUCAGAGCAAUGUGAAAUACAAGGAGAAGUAUGAGAAGGAGAAGGGCAAGGCUAUGCUGGACUUCGAGACACCCACAUAUGUGACUGCUAAGGAGGCCCAGCACAUGCAGAGCCAGAAAGACUAUAAGAAGGACUUUGAGGACCACAUGAGGGGCAAGAACCUCUCAGGCUUGGAGGUCACCCCUGCCAUGAUACAUGUCAGACACGCCACCAAAAUAGCCAGUGAGAGAGAGUACAGGAGGGAUCUAGAAGAGGGAGUGAAGGGUAAAGGGCUAACUGUACUGGAGGAAACUCCGGAGCUUUUGAGAGCAAGGAAUGCCACUCAUAUCCUGUGUGAGAGAGAGUAUAAGAAGUCGCUGGAGCAGGAGAUCAAGGGCAAGGGAAUGUUGGCUUUGGCUACAGACACCCCCGACUUCAUGAGGGCCAGGAAUGCUACUGACAUCCUCAGUCAGACUAAGUACAAGCAUACCGCCGAGAUGGACAGGGCCAGCUACACAACUGUCAUCGACACCCCAGACAUCAUCCAUGCUCAGCAGAUGAGGAACAUUGUCAGCCAGAAAAAGUACAGAGAGGAGGCUGAGAAGACCAUGUCUCACUAUGUACCUGUCCUGGACACUCCAGAGAUGCAGAGAGUCCGUGAGAACCAAAAGAACUUCAGCACUCUUCAAUACCAGAUUGACCUUAAAAACAUAAAGGGCAAAGUGUCUUCUGUACAGGACACUCCUGAAAUGCUUCGUGUUAAAGAGAAUACAAAGAAUUUCAGCUUGAUUCAGUACAAAGAGGAUUUGGGAAGAGGAACAGCUUUGCCCAAGACCCCAGAGAUGGAGAGAGUUAAACGCAAUCAGCAGAACAUUAGCACGAUACAGUACAAGGAUUCUGUGGGUCAAGGCACAGCCAUACCAGAUCUCCCUGAGGUGAAGCGGGUCCGUGAAACCCAGAAGAAUAUCAGCUUGCUUCAAUACAAAGCAGAAGUGGGACAAGGCACGUCAGUAUCAGAGACCCCAGAGAUGGAGAGAGUUAAACGCAAUCAGCAGAACAUUAGCACGAUACAGUACAAGGAUUCUGUGGGUCAAGGCACAGCCAUACCAGAUCUCCCUGAGGUGAAGCGGGUCCGUGAAACCCAGAAGAAUAUCAGCUUGCUUCAAUACAAAGCAGAAGUGGGACAAGGCACGUCAGUAUCAGAGACCCCAGAGAUGGAGAGAGUUAAACGCAAUCAGCACAAUAUUAGCACGAUAAAAUACAAGGACUCUUUGGGUCGAGGCACAGCUAUACCGGACCUCCCUGAAGUAAAGCGGGUGAAACAAACCCAGAAGCACAUCAGCUCGGUGUUGUAUAAAGACAGUUCAGCCAAGGGAACUCCUGUGGUGUUCACUCCAGAAAUGGAGCGAGUCAAAAGGAACCAAGAAAACAUUAGCUCGGUGCUGUACUCUGACAGUUUCCGUAAACAGGUUCAGGGCAAGGCCGCCUUCGUUCUGGAUACACCUGAGAUGAGGCGAGUCAGGGAGACCCAGCGCAUCAUUUCUGGAGUGAGAUAUCACGAGGACUUUGAGAAGAGCAAGGGCAGCUUCACUCCCACCACCUCUGACCCGGUGACAGAGCGCGUGAAGAAGAACACCCAGGACUUUAGCGACAUUAACUACCGUGGCAUCCAGAGACGUGUGGUGGAGAUGGAGAGGAGACGUGCCAUUGAGCAUGACCAGGAGACCAUCACUGAUCUGCGUGUGUGGCGCACAAACCCCGGCUCUGUGUUUGACUACGACCCUGCUGAGGACAACAUCCAGUCGAGGAGUCUGCACAUGAUGUCAGUGCAAGCUCAGCGUCGCAGCAAGGAGCACUCCCGCUCCACCAGCGCUUUGAGUGGCAUGGCUGAUGAAAAGUCUGAAGUGUCCCAGGACGCUGACCCCCACAUGUCUCUCUAUAGCAACGGCUUCAUGGCCUCCUCUGUUGGCUACCAGCAUGCUAAGACGGUGGAGGUACAGCAGAGGUCAUCAUCAGUAGCCACCCAGCAGACCACAGUCUCCUCCGUCCCCUCACACCCCUCUACCACCGGGAAAACUGUGCGUGCCAUGUAUGACUACGCUGCAGCCGACAGCGACGAGGUGUCCUUCAAGGACGGCGACGUCAUCGUUAACGUGCAGUCCAUUGACGAGGGAUGGAUGUACGGCACCGUGCAGCGCACCGGCAAGACCGGCAUGCUGCCAGCCAACUACGUUGAAGCAGUUUAAAGCCCGCCCAUCGUCCCUCCGGAAUGGGCGAGACACAUCCACAGGGCAAACUGAUUGGUCUUCCUGUGAUCACAAAUGUGGCUUAGUGCAAUGUGUAUCUUUUAGUUUCUUGUAGCUCUGUAACUUUAUUUUAAUUGUGUUGUAAUUCUCGUUAGUAAGUCUGUUAUCAUUCAUAUGCUGCUGCCCCUGUUGCCUGUGGAUGUGACAUAAGCAUCUUAACAUAACACAUAUAAAUAUUUCUGAUUAUACAUACUAUGGCUACUAUGAAUGACAGACUAUUUUAGGUUGUUUAAAGAAAAGCAAGACUAACUAACAUACGUUCUGUCCCACUAUUUUGUAAAGUUCACAAAAUAUGUAUGAUUAUAUUAAAAACAAUUGUCCGAGUUAUACUGAGAGAGGAUUUUCUCAUAAAAGCAAUGAGCUCAAAUAGUUCCAAUUAUGCCUUUAAUGGAAAUUCUAUGGAGAGCAAAAGGGAAAUUAUUAAAAUAAUGAAACUUAUAAGGAGUCAGUUACCAUCUACCUCCUCUAUGAAUAAGCCACUCCUGCAGAGUUGUAUGAGACAAGCCUCAGUCUUCCCUCCUUUAUACUGAAGGCUGGCCACUAGUAGAAUGUGUGACUUGUUUCUUCCGAUUAUUUAGGUCCAGGUAAGGCACGUCCUCUACCUUUAAUCAGUAGCUAAUAAAGCACACCAAGCUCCUGCAGCA